AUGCGUUUCACUAUCUCCGCUGUCGCUCUCUUCGCGAGUCUGGUUGCUGCCUCUAGCACCGAGAAUGCUUUCUCCAUCCCUACUGAUGGUUACACAUUUACUUCCGGUAAAUCUACAACCUUGACCUGGAGUAAUGAUACCACCGGUACCGUUUCCCUGCGUCUGCAGUGGACUGCUAUUACCACCUCUACUACCGGCACUGAAAUUGCUUCCGAUAUUGAAAACACCGGUUCCUACACCUGGGCUGUCCCCGAUGAUCUGAUCGCUGGACGUGCCUACACCAUCGAGAUCAUCGAUGACUCCGACUCCUCCAAUUACAACUUCUUGCCUUACUUCGAGGUCCUCGACGCUACUGCCACUGCCUCCGCCACCACUGCGUCUGCUACCUCCACUGCUACUGCCACCAGUGCUAGCUCUUCUUCCACCGACUCUACCACCACGACCACUGCUUCUUCUUCCACUGCUAGCUCCACUGGCGCCACCACCACUAGCAGCAGCAGCACCAAGUCCGACAGUUCAACUGCUACCACUUUGACCACUGCUACUAGCACUGGCUCCAGCACCACCACUGACUCCGACUCCACCGCUACUGCCACCAGCUCGGCCACUUCUACCUCCACCAGCGUGCCCUCCACCGGCGCCGGUGUCGUUAACCGUGUCUCUGUCGGUAUGCUGGCUGUUGUCGCCGCUGUUGCAGCUUUCCUGUAA